CCCCUUAAAUACCAGGAAGUUGUAAACAAAGCUGACAGCUAUUUAGUUAGCUGUUAACUACAUGGAUGGAUGCCGCCCAAGCUGUGUAAAACGGGCCAGUUGUUCGCCAGUAUCGUGGAAUAAUUAAUAAUACAGCUAUUUUUUUUCAUAUAGAGAUCGCUUCGCGAGAAUAUAUAUUUUCCUGCGUGUGUUCGUUUCACAAGCUAACGUUAGCCGCCUUCCGUUUGAUCGUUAGGAACAGGCUAACGUUUGCACAAGGACAUUAGAGCUAGCGCUGUCGCCUGCAAAGUUACCUUACAGUUUUAUUAAACCGAAGUGAACAGUUAGUGAGCAUUAUCUGUGCCCGGUUCUUUUUUCUUUUCUGCUGCGUUUGCUAUCUGGAGGCAGGAACAGCGUGAGAGAGGCGUCGUCCGCAUUUAGCAAAACAAUAAUGUCUACUUCAAACGCUAAUUUUAAAAACAAAUGUGUAACCCAGGUGAACUGCAUAUUUUGUGACAGUCUGCUCUGCACGAGAGGCAUGAAGGCAGUGUUACUUGCAGACACCGAGGUUGAGCUGUUUUCUACUGACAUACCUCCCAAUAGAACUGUUGACUUUGUGGCCAGCUGCUACUCUACUGAAAGCUGUAAAUGCAAACUGAGAGACAUCGCUUGUCUCAAAUGUGGUAAUGUUGUGGGCUAUCACGUUGUAGCCCCCUGCAAACCCUGCCUGCUCUCCUGUAACAACGGCCACUUCUGGAUGUUCAAUAGCGAUGCUGUUUCUACUCUCAACAGACUGGAUUCGACAGGCCUGAAUCUGCUCCUGUGGGGAGAUCUUCCUGAGCUAGAUGACAGUGAAAAUGAAGAAUCAGAAAGCCCAUCAGAGGAGGAGUGUAUUAGGUAGAGAGGGACAUGGACAAUGUGAGAGACCUGGAGCGCCAGCUUUUGAGAGGUGGAGAUUUAAAAAAAAAAGUGUAUAAACCAUGCUGGGAUGAGACAAAAAAAGAGGAACCCAAAGGGUAAAUCAACACCCAGUUACAUGGGACCGACAAUCCUGCUGUACUACUGUCAGCUGAAAUAUUAAGCCAUUGUUCACUUCUGACCAUAGCUUAAAAAAAAAAAGAGUGGUAUCACAGCAGGUGUUCUCCAUUGAAAGCUGAUGGAGAACAUGUGUAUUGACAUUACUGAUAUGGGGUGUGGCUUUAAAUGCAUCAUACUGUAAAGUUUAAACCCAAAGAGAGUAGUACAGGGGAACCUUUUGGUGCUUGUAAUUGAGUGUUUAAUUACCCUUUAACCUGUGACCAUGCCUUUCCUGAUCACUUUUCACUGUUAAAAGCACAGAUUCACACAUUCUUUUCAGCCUUUUCCCUCUAUUUUGUAAAUUUGUGUGUGCUCUUAUUUGAAAAAGCAGCUGAAGUAAACUGAAAAUGACUGACAGCUAGACUCAUUAAUCUAGUGCUUUCUACAUUUUAGAGAUCAUAGCCUUAUGAGAAGAUGAGCAUGGUAUGAUGAAUUACUGACACAUACCAGUGAAUGCUGUGAUUUUAUUUUUUAAUUUUCUUCUCACUGUUUAUGUAAAAUCAGAUUUUUCUGGGUAGGAGGGCCGCAAUUCACCUAUAUCAGUUUUUAUUUUAUUUUUUUAAUAGCACUUAUAAUCUGUACAUUGAAUAUACUGUAAUAAGUAAAAUUCCUAUUAACAGUGAUCUCUUAAUCUUUUGAGGCCUUUUCAGAUAUGGGACAUGUAAAAUUAUUGGCUUCUCCCAUCUGUUAAAGUGACGGCAUUCUGUUCUUCAGACAUGGGUCACUUUUACAUUCAUAUUCCUCAUGGUUUUAUUAAGACAUACCAAUGGCACAGACAAGGUAUGUGCAUAAUAUUUUAACAGACAUGUUGUAUUAUUAGCAACAGUUAUUGAUGUGUAAAGUAAAUUUACUACUUUCCUGCAUAGUCACUAAGAGCAAGGUCUCUGUGUGUGCUGCAUGGAGCUGCUGAGAGAGUUGUACUCUCCUCCCCACACAGGCUCCAGGGGAAAGCGCUUUCUUCUGAAUUGGGGAAAAGCAAAAACGCGUCAUAGAAUUUUUUUUUUUUCUUUUUUCUGUCUCAUUGGCGUCUCAUACACUCUCCAAUGAGCUGAGCAACUCGCACAGAUGCAGCAGAGACAUGCAUUCAGAUGUGCACCAUGUUGAAAGUGACACAAACCUUUUCCGACCUGGAAAGGUUGCCGUCGCGACUUCUGCGUAAAACGUAGUUGGAGUGCUCAUUCAGGCGCAAAGCUAACAUGCUCAGAUGCUGCCAGAUUGAUGGAAAAGAGGGCACAUCUGAAAGAGGCUGUAUAUUCUCACUGUGUCUGGGUGCUGACUGAAACUUUGAGCACUUUUUGAAUCCCACUUAUUCAAGAAAUAGCACAAUUAUUGAGUGAUCUAUUCAUAUUCGGUCCUUGUUUGUAAAGGACGUUUUUAAUUUAGGUUACCUUACAGUCUGACCUUCUGUCAUUGAUAGUUUGAGAUGCUGCAACAAUGUUUGCUACACUUGUGACAGCAGCAGUUUAACUGUGAUUAACACCUGGCUGCAUCUGACUAUAACAGUAUCCUAUACUAACUUACUAACCUGUGAAUAAUGCAUGCUUCCACACAAGCCUGUGGAGCAGAGAAAAGUCCCCUCUGGGCCGCAGAAAGUCAAAAUUAACAAACACCUACGUUUGUGACGCCCUUCAAAUUUUCAAUGUGGAGUAUUUAAGCAUGACCAUGAAAACAUGAGCUCAAAUGGAUGUGAGUGUCCUAGCUCUGUUUCUGUUCACAACUGUUCAGUUUUUAUGUAGCAGCAUACCUGUAGCACCUGACAAGAAGGAAAAAGUCAACUCCAAAGAGUCAUGGGACAUAUCAGUAUUUAAUUUACAGGUUGCCUCUUGGUUUAGGAAGAUGGUUACUUCAUGUGGGGCCUGAUUUCACUUUUUCUUUUUUUUUUUUUUUUUUUCCUCCAAGUUUUUUGAAAGUUAUGCUUGAAACAGUGCGAUAAAGCUCCCAACACUUAAUAGUUUAGCCUUACUGAAAUUAACCUCUGUUAAGCUGCUCUAAACUCUGGGCUGAUGCUGUAUAUUAAUCUGUCAUCAUCAAGUGACAAGGCCAAUUUUUAUUUUUAUUUUUUUGACUGGUACUGUACUCGGUGAGCUUCAAAAUCCCCCAUUCAAGGAUUUUUUUUUUUUUUUUUCUGGCAGUGCCAUCCUUACGCUCUUGUUAUUGUUUCACUGCUGUGCCCUGCUAAUGCUAUGAUCUGUCUUAAAGUAACAGUGUUUCUGUGGAUGAAUGAUGGCUUCCUGUGUUGCUGGUAAACAUUGUUAAAGAAGCAAAUGUUGAAUGUCCCAUUUCAGUGAAGGAAAAGGAAACAAGGAAGUAGCUUUUUUUUAUGUUGAACUGGCCUCUAUGUUUAUCUCUGCUCUAGCCGUUAGUUGUGGAUAAACACUCAUAAAGGAAGAAGCUUUGUCUGGAUUUUCCACAUCCUUCACCUCUGAAAAUUAUAACUGACAGUCUGUCACACUUUCACACCAAAUACUGUCUGUGUGGAUACCAUACAGUGCAUCAGCUAGGUAUUUAUUAUAUCCACAAACCAAAUAUCUAUCACCACAUACUUAUUUUUUGUUUACAAACUUUGUUUACAAAUGCUUGUUUUGUAUUGUGCUGUAAUAUGUUUUUGUUCAUGUAUUUAAUAUUUAAUUGUGUAGUGCUUUGUUUUGUACAUUUUAAAGACUGAAUGUGUGCAGUUUUACCUCAUGAAGGUAUUACCUGUGAGCUUCCUCUGGCUAGGACAGUUGUCAAAUGAUAAUCAAAAGAACUAUUUAAAUGGCUGUGUCCAGGUGUGAAUAACUUUGAUUAACAUGCCCUGCUGAAAAUGUAUAUUUUGGAAUUGCACUGAAACUGCAUUGGUAGUUUGAAGAAACUGAUUUGUUGUUUUGUA